AUGCCACCAGCUACAACCGCAAUCAAUGCUGGAGGAGGAGGUGAUAAUAAUAAUCAUCAUCAUCAUGGUUGGAAGCUUCGCAAUUAUCGUUUGACGACUUCCAUUCUACAUGGCGCCGUCGAUCUCGAUACAUCUUGUAACUUCAUUGAGAAACCACCAGAAGAAGAGUCAACAGUCGACAUCGAAGGGGGCCGAACGGUUACCUUUGCCAUGAUGAGUAAUGUGACGCAAAGACCUAAGAUUAGUCACACCAAGAUCAAGAGGGCCAAAUGUGUGAACUUGAAUGUGGAACCCGAAAAAAGCAGUGUUCUUGGCCGAUUCGGACACCGUCUGCAAAGAUAUUUGACCAAAAAGAAUGUUCCAUCUUUGACAGUGCUCUACCUUGUUGCAUUCUUUAUCAUGAACGCCGUCUUCGCUUUGUUAUGGUCAGCCGAGACCGACGGUUGUUGUGAUGACCCUACCAUGACAUUCUGGGACCACUUGGAUUUUGCAGUCCAGACAUCUUCCACCAUCGGGUACGGUGGAUACCGCCCCAAAGGACGUCUAAACAACGCGUUGGUGGUCCUGCAGACGGUAUUGGCAAUUUGCUUGGCUACCGUUUACGCUGGAUUGUUGUUCUUUAAGUUUAUUACACCCUCUGCUAAUUUUCAAUUCAGCGAGGUCAUUACUCUCUCCAACGUGAUGGGUCAUCCUUGUCUUGAGAUUCGAGUAGGCAAUGCAGACGGGAAUGCCAACAAGCUUAUCAACGCUGAUGCUAGCUUGUGUGUGACAUCGAUCCAACAUUAUCGAUGUCCACACGAAUUCAAUCUUCGUACGACAGAAGAAACAGAAGAGUUGGAACUUUUUGUCAAUUCCAGACACCGAUUGGACGACGUUUGGACACUGCGACAUUUCAUUGAUGACAAGAGUCCGUUGUAUGGCUUCCGCUUUGAUGAGUUUCCAGGAAAUACCAUUCGCUCUCUAUCUUUGAAUGUGAAAGCCAUUCAAAGGGCCACCAAAAACGAGGUAUUCGGCCAGGCGGUCUAUCAUUUAGAAGACAUAAUGGUUGGGCAUAGGUUUGAAGAUCAAGUAACGUGGGACGCGGGCACUCGAACAGCUUUCAUUGAUUAUUCCAAGAUGAGCAGCACCACACUGUCCAUGGUGUGGCAUCCAAAGAGUACUGGUACGGUUCAUUGA